GCGAGGGUUGUCUCGCUAGAGUGAUCGACAUGGGGAGGUCACAGCGCCGUCAGCAUGAGGCUGCCGUGGACCAUGUGCAGGACACAUUCAGGGCCCGCUCCCCUGUCUAUCGGUACCUGUUUGUCGGCCAGAAGGUCGACAACAAGGGGGUCAUGAUGCUCCGUUGCACGUUUUGCAACAAAGUUUUCCAAGGGUCCCAGUUUCAGGCCACGAGGCACUUCUCGCAGACAAACUACUGCAAGGACGUCAGCGACGAGGCGUUGUACGAGAUUGCUCGCCGGACUCAGCAGAAGUUUGAGGCCGAUCAGAUGGAGAGGGUGUCGAGGUAUGCAGCGGAGCGCGGAAUCGAUGUGCCCGGCACGGGUGGUGCAAGGGGAGGAGAGGCGGGGCGGCGUCCGGCGGAGGGAGGGGUCGGGGGAGAUGGUGGGCAUGGUGCGGCAGACCCCACUUUGGGUGGUGGAGGCGGUGAGACAGAGGAGGGCGUGAUCCACGUGGAUCGCGAGGCGCGUGGCCCGGGUGACGAGGGAGUCUCGGAACGGGAGGACGUGCCUGAGGUUUAUCCAGGCACUGAGGAGAGGAGGGUCUCCUUCAAUGCCUUCCGCAACCAGGCGUGGAGGGCAUAUCAGCAGGUGAUUGAGCAGCCUGGCAGUUCCCCGCGCGCAGUGCUCCCCAACCACUGCGAGAUUGCGAGUAUGCGGGUGGUGGAGACCCACCGUGCGGAGUUGGCGGAGGAGUUGGAGGAGGUGAGGCAGCCAUUCUUGGUGACUGGUGCCACCCUCCUCUCCGACGGGAGGAAAUCUCGAGGGGUCGUCGUGUACACGACGAUCAAUCGAGAGGGCAAGCCGGACGAUGCAGUGCACGUCCUUCAUAGAUGGGUUACCAUCUUCCACGAGUUCAGCUUUGGCAAGCCGCAGCGGAUCAAUGUGAUAUGCACUGACUCCGCUUCCGCCUAUGUGGGGGCUGCGAGGGCAUUGACCUCGCCGUCCAUGCCUCCUGCACUGAGGAGGAUCACUUGGCUCCCGUGCUCCGUCCAUGUCUGCAACAAAUUGUUGUCAGACAUGGGGAUGAGUUGCGACGCGUUUGUGGACGCGAUCACACGCGCUCGUGUGCUGGUGGUGUUUUUCAAAACCCACCAGGCCGCCCUUCAUUUUUUUAGGACGCGCAGCCUCGAGAAGGGGCUUAUUCUUUCCUGCGAGACGCGGUUCGCGUCUGUUUACUCCAUGCUGGAGAGGCUGUUGGCCCUGCAGGACACUUUGCAGGACAUGAUGCGAGGGGACGACGCGCGGGCUUUUGCUUCCAUCCCGUGGUCCGCCGAUGUGUGCGUCAUGGCGCGGUGGGUGCGCCGACAGAUCAGAUGGGAUCCAUGGUGGCAGAGGGUGGCCACCAUCGUCCAUAUCAUGCAGCCCGUCAUGRAGUUGCUCAGGAGGAUGGAUCGUGGAGGACAGUACAUGUCCUUCAUGAUCGAGUGGACGCAGGAUCUUGUCCGCCGUGUCACGGUCGCAUGCGCCCCUUUGGGGACGUCGUUCGCCGACCGGAUCAUCAGGCGUGUGCAGGCUCGCAUACAGCACAUGCUUGAGCCGGCUCACUGCGCACCGUCGGCAGCUGCAGUGGAGGAGGACAUAGCCGCACAGGCCGAGGUGCAGCGUGGGGGCGAUGAUGAGCGCCUCAUGCAGCAGUUCCUCACGGAGGAGCUCGGUCCGGCCAUAGCGGGUAUGACCCCGGGUGUGGAGAGGGGGUUUGGGAUUUCAGAUUCGGAGWUGGGGACCYACUUAGACUUGGAUUUGUCGGUGGGCCUUCCACCCAGUUGCGGCGGGGCGACAUCGACGGAUCGGGCUCCAUCGAGGGACGAGGCGCCAGGCAGGACUUCGACGCAGACCGCCAGAGAGAGGACGACGACUCAGUCUGCAGAUGCAGCACACGACAUCAUGGAGCGAGAGAGGGCUAGACUUUUGGCAUCGACUGACCCUCGUGCUCAGGCGUUCGCACGGGCCGUAGAGGACGCCCGGCGUCUAGAGAUAGGGGGGAAUUGUGUGCAGGGUGGGGUGGUGGCGGGGGAGGACGUUGCGGAGGGAUUGGCAGCAGAGUCGGUACUCGAGGCUAUGCCGGGUGGAGCAGAGACAGCGGACGUUGCUGUGGAGGGACGGACUCAGGCGGUGGAUGAGGCAGUGCAGGCAGGACAGCGACGAGUGGUUCAGAUGGCAGUGCAUGGUGUGCCACCGCCCGUUAUCACAGUUUUGGGGUCCGAGCCGAUGGUUGUGCCCCCACGUCUUCCUAGCCACUUUGCUCCGCAGGAGGUACGUCGUCCUUUGGAUGCAGAGGAGUUGGCGGGAGAGGCUGUGCGCGAUGUUACUCGCUUGGACCGGCGGAUCUUCGACCAGAAGCUCGAGCACCCACCAUGGCAGUCGAUCCCUUCGGUUCCAUGGGGUCCUGCGUCGCCCGUGUGGUCUGGGUCUACCUCCACUGGAGGACAUACCGCGGGACAUGUUCCAGGGGUUUCGGGUGGCGUGACAGAGACAGCGCCACGCACAGGAGACAUGCCACACCCUCCUCCCAGAGCACCUGCAGGUGAUCCAUCAUCGUCACCCACAGGCAGAGGCUCUCGAUCCCCACACACGCCUAGGAGAUCUAGGAUUCGUGACACGACAGCAGUUCAACAGGACGUGUGUGACACGACGAUAUUCGGGAGGACAGAUAUACAUUUGGAUUCCACCCGUCGUGUCACGGAGCACACUGCACGCCUUCAGCCGGGCUUGGGAGGAGGAGGCGCUAGGACGACCACGGCGAGGGAGGUACCGGCAUCGGGUUGUUAUCCUCAGCGAGGUCGUGGCAGAGGAGUGUCGACCGAUACCUUGGAGUACGCUCUGAGAGCAGCGACGCGUGCCGUGCAGGAGCAGACUCCACGCAAGCGUGGAGUACCUCCUCGUCCACGCCCCGUGCCUGCAGAGGGAGGCGCAACACUUGGAGAGAGUUCGGGGGCGGAGGGGUUGAAGAUGCCUCGUGGUUCCCAUCGUGAGCAGACCAUUGCAGAGGCUAGUGCGAGGGUUGUUGUGUUGAGGAAGGGAGGAGGCCCAGUCAGCAUCGAGGAGGAUGAUCCUGAUACGGAUGCGGCUGUGCGGGAUGCGGACGAGGACGACGAGGGCGAGGAGGAGGGAGAGGAGGAUAGCAGGAGCGGUUCCAAUGGUGACGACGGCGACGACUACGAUGAGCCCCCACCUUCCCAAGGACCCCCACCGACGCGUGCAUCUAGACGCUCCGGUGCACGGACUUCUUCAUCCUCAUAAGGGAGGAAGAGGACGACAUCCGACACUCGAGGGGGCACGAGGAGACACAGCGGGAAGGGGAAGAAGGGUCGUUGACCGAUGAGGCCAACACU